UCAGCGUGCUGACGUCACGGGCCGGGUACUCGAGGAGGUUCGGGAACGGCCCGCGUCGCCUACCAGGCUUGAUCCCAGGUCCCGCCCUGCUGAGCCCUCCCCUCCGCUCGGUAGGGCCCCGUGGGCGCGACCGCGGAGCCGUUGUUCUGAAGCCAGAUUAGGGUGGCUGGCUCGGAACUACCCGAUGAGAAUGAAGCCCAGAAUGAAGGGACUGGUAAAUGGAUGAAUCACACUAUCCUAAAUCUCUCCAGGGAUGGUGAAGUUGGAAAAAGGCUCCUUUAACCCCGCUCCAGGAUGAAUCCCCUGCUGGAAGACAUGGAGAACGCUUUCACAGGGAGCCAGAGCUCUCAUGCUGCUUUUCACGACAUCCAUUCCAUCAACCCUACACAACUCAUGGCCAGGAUUGAGUCCUAUGAAGGAAGGGAAAAGAAAGGCAUAUCUGAUGUCAGAAGGACUUUCUGUUUGUUUGUCACCUUUGACCUCUUAUUUAUAACAUUACUGUGGAUAAUUGAGUUAAAUGUGAAUGGAGGCAUUGAGAACACGUUAGAGAAGGAGGUGGUGAAGUAUGACUUCUACUCUUCUUAUUUUGACAUAUUUCUUUUGGCAGUUUUUCGAUUCAAAGUGUUAAUACUUGCAUAUGCUGUGUGCAGACUGCGCCAUUGGUGGGCAAUAGCGUUGACAACAGCAGUGACCAGUGCCUUUUUACUAGCGAAAGUGAUCCUCUCAAAGCUUUUCUCUCAAGGGGCUUUUGGCUACAUGCUGCCCAUCAUUUCAUUCAUCCUUGCCUGGAUUGAGACGUGGUUCCUGGAUUUCAAAGUAUUACCUCAAGAGGCAGAAGAAGAAAACAGACUCCGGAUAGUGCAGGACGUUUCAGAGAGGGCGGCACUUAUACCUGGUGGUCUUUCUGAUGGUCAGUUUUAUUCUCCUCCUGAAUCUGAAGCAGGCUCUGAAGAAGCUGAAGAAAAGCAGGACAGUGAAAAACCACUUUUAGAACUAUGAGUACUACUUUUGUUAAAUGUGAAAAACCCUCAUUGAAAAUCACCAGAGAGAAUAAAAGGACUGGAGAUGGGGUCCCCCUAUGAAAGUUGAAAUGGUAAUAUCUACUACUGAUUAAUUGAACAGUUAAUAAAGAAUUUAUUUAUUGUAAUACCUCACAGACAUUGUACCAUAUCCACACAUAUUUAGUAGCCUGCCUCUGACUGGUAAGAUGUGAUGACCCAUCCUACAUUCUCUGAGACUGAGUCUGAUCUGUUAAUAAAUAGUUGCAGAAAAGUCCCGUGCUGUAUUCCUAAUCAAAAGACUUCUUAAUAUAUUGGAAUAACACUUUUUUAGUAAGCAAAAUAUCUUAUUUGGAUUCACAGAAUGGAAUUGUUUCAUGUCUCAGAUUUCUUUUGUAUUUCUUUUUUAACAUCCUGCAUUUCCCUUGUGUUUUUUAAUUCACGCACAUGCGCUUUUUGUACAAUUUUAAAAAGUAAUAAAAUCUAACAAAUAAAAAUGAUUAAUUUUC